AUGGGUGUUACAACAUCUCAAUUCACAUCUGAUGGGUUCUGCGACUGGAAGCAUGCUAAUAGGCUUGUUGUCCAUGAGCAAUCAAAGGACCACAUUCAAGCAGUUUUGUCAGCAGCAAGUCGUGCAAAGGGAGCUGGAGGGCUAGCUCUUCGUGGAGAUGAUGAAAUAAUUGGAUCUCCUCAUAAUGGAAAUUACUUGGGAUUACUAGAGCUUUUGGCCGAGUAUGAUGAUUUCCUCAGGCAACACAUCCAGAGUCAUGCUAAUCGUGGCACUGGUCAUACAAACUAUUUGUCUUCAACCAUCUGUGAAGAAAUUGUCAGACUAAUGGUCAAUGAAGUACUGAACGAAAUUAUGUCACGUAUAAAGCUCUCAAAAUAUUACUCAAUUUCUCUAGAUUCCCCCCCUGAUGAAGGCCAUAUUGAUGAACUAACUCUGAUAAUCAGAUACAUGGAACAUGACACACCUGUUGAGAGAUUUGUGAAAUUCUUGCCAAAUCAAGGACACAAGGCUCAAGAAAUGUUUGAACGUUUGAUGAAGUUUCUUGCAGACAAUGACAUUGACAUUCAAAAUUGUCGUGGGCAAUCUUAUGAUAAUGCAACAUCUAUGAGUGGGAGGUACAAUGGUCUGCAAGCCAAAGUUGUAGCUGAAAAUCAUCAUGCAAUUUGGAUACCCUCGUCUGGCCCGGUAUCUGUGCCAAAGAGGAUUUCCACAACAAGAUGGUCCUGUCGAGCAGUUGCAGUGAAAGCAGUUGUCCAAGGUUAUCUCCCAAUCCGUGAAGCACUUGCUAAAAUAUUAAGAGAUGAAAAUGAGACGAGCAAAACAUGUUAUGAAGCCAAUGGUCUCCAUGAUAAGAUGUGCAAGUUAGAGACUGCUAUUUAUGCUGUGUUUUGGCAUGACAUUCUUGGCAGAGUUGAUGCAACAAGCCAUGCAUUGCAAGAUCCUAAACUCGAUUUGAACACAGCAGUAGCAAUGCUGAAGUCCUUGGAAUAUUUUGUACGAGAAAAAAGAGAUUGCUUCCAUGUUUAUGGGGAUUAUUCACAGGCACGCAAGCGUCAACGUAAUGUACGACUCAAUCCAUUGGAUUAUGGACGAUCAGAAGAAGCAGCCCUCUCACAGUCAGAAAAAUUUCGGGUUCAGAAUUUCCUUCCAGCAAUUGAUCAGUUCCUGAGUUCACUGGAUCAACGGUUAAAGGCCUAUGAGGAAACCUGUUCACUUUUCGGGUUCUUGUCUAAACUGGAGUCAAUGAAUUGUGACGAAACUGAAGCAUUGCAGCAAAAUUGGUUGCUGAGUACAAAAAUGAUUUGGAUCAAACACUUGGAGUUGAACUUGUGCAGUGUACAGCAUUCUUCACUCAAUUUCUUGAAGACGAAGAUGAUGAGAAAGGAAGGGCACAUUACCUUUACAAGCUGUUGA